UCGCAUUGGUUAAGGAAAAGCCAGUACCUCACAGAGACCUUCCCUCCCUCCCAAGGACCACUCACUACCUCUGCUUUCUUCCCUGUUAUUAUUAUAUUGGUGAUGAUGGGUGGCAAUAGUCUAUAUCCCUCUCUUCUCUAUGGUCUCUGAAUUCCUCUCCCCCAAUUAGGCUUCAUCCAAUCCAAUUGGCAAGUCAUCUUCUUCCUCUAAGAAGAUGCAAGACCAAUUCCACAUCUCUUCCUGCUUCACAUCUGGUGAGCCGAUGGCCGAUGAUCCCGCAUCAAUUGCUGCAACCAAGUCAGGCCGGAGCGUCAUGACAUCGGUGUAUCGGACAAAGAUUGCCGGCCACUGCCGGUUGAUCACUGUGACUUGGUGCAAAGAUGUCCUAGUUCAUGGCCUCUCUGUUUCAGUGGCGGAAAGAUCAGACAAUGCUGAUGAGACCAACACCAACACUAAUACCAACCAGCACAGCUGCAAGGUGGAGCUGCGGCCAUGGUACUUCUGGCGCAAGCACGGGUCGAAGCGCUUCCAUGUCGAAGGGAAGCCUGUGGAUGUGUUCUGGGAUCUCAAGAAUGCAAAAUUCUCAGGAGAACCCCAGCCUCAAUCCAACUACUAUGUCGCAGUGGUCUCCGACGAGGAGGUGGUCCUACUCCUAGGUGAUCUUAACAUGGAGGCCUACCGGAGGACCGGGUCUCGGCCGGCAACCAUAGAUGCCACCUUGGUGUCUAGAAAGGAGCAUGUCUUCGGUAAGAAGAGGUUCGCGACAAGAGCCAAAUUCAGCGAGAAUGGGAAGCUUCAUGAGAUAUUGAUAGAGUGCAAGAGUGGUGGCAGCGGCAGCAGCAUCGGUGGUAACAUGGAUCCAGAGAUGGUGAUAAAGAUUGAUGGGCAUGUGGCCAUCCAUGUGAGACAUCUCCAAUGGAAGUUCAGGGGAAAUCAGUCUGUAACGGUCAACAAAGCUAGAGUGGAGGUGUAUUGGGAUGUUCAUGACUGGCUCUUCAGCCCUGGUCCAAGUCAUGCAUUGUUCAUAUUCAAGCCUUCACCACUUCGGCAUUCUUCGACGCCAACAUCAUCUUCAUUGAAUUCUUUCCAAGGAAAGAAUGCUGAUGUAGAUGGGUCAUCUGGAUUUUGCUUGUUUCUUUAUGCCUGGAAAUUAGAAUGAUGGAAUUUCUUACCCGAGUCUUAAACCAUGUUAUUACUACAAUUUAGAAGGAAUUGAGAGGUUGGCUCGAUUAAACCUUGCAUGCAAUUAACUGUAAUUUAUGUUCGAUUAAAGUUCUUUUCCUUCAGGAAA